ACCUGGGGAAAACUGAGGAAGUCGUCCCUUUUCGUGUACCCUUCCUCUUCGCCAUCUAUGUCGCGGCCGCUCCCCCCGAUGCUCUCCGUCCCGGAGAAGAAGACGGCCGCCGCCGAGCUCUUUCGCGACCGCCACUUCUUCAACUCCCCCGUCUUCACCGAUCUCCGCGACGCCCGCGCCUCCCUCUCUGCCCCAAACCCCCAAACCCAGCCCCCCUCCUCCAGCCGCGCCCUCCUCCUCCGCUACCACCGCCUCCUCUCCUCCGCGCGCGACGACCCCUGCGCCUUCGACGAAAACCUAGCCUUCACCUGGCACGAUGCCUUCAGGCCCAACCUCAAGCACACCUCCGCAUCCCUCCGGUUCGAGAAGGCCGCCGUCGUGUUCAACGUCGGCGCGGCCUCCUCUAGGAUCGCGGCGGCCGUGGACCGGGCGGCGGAGGGAGGGGUCAAGGAGGCGUGCGGGGAGUUCCAGCGCGCGGCAGGGGCGUUCCGUGCGGUGGGGCAGAUGAUGGAGGGGGAGGAGGGGACGGUGGAUAUGAGCCCGGAGGCCGCGGCGAUGCUGGAGCAGCUCAUGCUCGCGCAGGCGCAGGAGUGCUGCUUCGAGCGUGCUCUCGCGGCAGGAACGUCGCCGGCGGCGUGCUCCAAGGUGGCCAGGCGGGCUGCCUUGUACUACGAAGAAGCGUAUGCUGCACUGGUUAUCCCUCCAUUGCAGAACCACUUUGAAAGAUCAUGGUUGUCUCACGUCCAGUUGAAGGCUGCUCAAUUCAAUGCAGAAGCUUGCUAUCGGUAUGCUAUUGAAUUGCAUGACAAGAUGGAAAUUGGCGAGGAGAUAGCUCGAUUGCAGUUUGGGAUUAAUGCAGUUGUUGAUGCCAAGAGAACUGCCAGGGGAGCCCCCGCUUCCCUUUAUGAUUCUGUUUCCAGGCUAGAACAAGAUAUGAACCAGAACUUGGAGAAGGCAGUGAAUGAGAACAACCGCAUCUAUCUUAUGAGAGUUCCAGCAGCCAAGUUGUUAUCUCCCUUGCCAUCAGCUUCACUUGUCCGGUCUGCUUCCAAGAGUGAGAUCUUGGAUGCAAAAGCAGAAACUGGCCUUCAGUCCUCAUAACUGAAUGCUUUGACAUCGUGAAAUGAAGCAAUGGCACGCAUCCUGUGCCGCUGUUGCAUGCUAAAGACUGUCUGCUGCAGCAGAGAUUAUCGAAAAAGUCUUGUAUAGUCGUCGUGUAUCUAGUGUGUAGCUACAAUGUGUGUUGGCAUGCCAAGCUAGGACCAUUCUAGUUGAACCUUGAGAAAUGCUUGGUAGGCUGUUGCUGCUGGAAUCUCAGGUUUCUGUGAUGCUCCUUUUGUGCCGUAAUGAAAAGUUCAUCUGCCGUCAGCCAUUUCAGUAAGCACACACUUUUCAUGUUUUAGCACAAGCUUACGUAGAUUCUUUGCACUUUGUGUACAAAAUGACUUCUCCUUUCGGUGCUGUUUGUUUCGGCGUAGAAUUGCAAAACCGUUUCUUGAUCUAAUCUUAUAGUAUCCAAUGUGUUUCGUUGCUGUGGAUAAUUAAGUUGAGGAUGUGUGAACACCAACAUGACAGGACAAUUUCUUAGCAGACCUGAUUUGUAGGAACAAUUAUACGAACCAUUUGGAGCUUACUGAAUUUCUAGAUAUUAGAAAUGGCUCCUGGGAGCAACUUUUUUUUAGAAAUGCUAAAAAAGGGUUUUUGUACAUGUAUUUAUUCUUGUCCUUUCAUUAAGUUGUACUAAAGACAAUUAAUAUGGAUCGGAGGGAGUAGAAAAACACCAGUAUUGUGGCCUGUGCUAAGAAAACAAGUUUAUAGUGCUUAAAAAUGAUUUUACAGCACUGGAUUUUGUUUUUUCCCGAUCAAAACAUAUGACAUUUCUUUGUUACAUUUUAUAAUCAGUCAGAAGACAUGAACAUGUAUGUUGUCAAACAAAUUCAUUUUUUUCUACUUUUAAAUAUGCCUUUUACUGUUUGAUGACUGCGGAGCCAAGGCGUCAGCCCCACGAAUUUCACAAUUCUUUGCUUAUGAAUUUCACGGUCUGUUGAGUAUUUCGUCAUCAUUUGCACCGUUUUCUGAGGUUGAUAACAGCCCUCGGAAGCUUACGAUAACAGAGCUAGUACAAAAUUCUGGACGUUUCCGAAGCCGGAUGCAACAAAAACCGAAAGCGCCAGAAAUAUUACAGUACGCAACCCUCGCCUCGCACAAUCCUCACUCGUCUAUCCGUUCCUCCACCUCUCGUUGCUCGGGCUCCCUAUCCUGCACUCCUCUCCCGCGCGCCCACCACCUGUUCGACCCGACGCCCCGCCCCUCCACACGCGCCCCACAUUCCAGUCGCUCGCCGCCAAUGGCAACGACCGCCGCGGCCAUGGCACCCCCCUCCACCUCCGCCUCCUCGGUCCUCCUCCUUCGCCGCCUCCCUUCCCCGACCUCCGCGGCCCCCGGCUGCUGCCGCCUCGGCCCGCCGCCCCGCCUCCGCACGGCCCGCCCGCGGGUCUCCCUCACCAGCGACGUCUCCUCCUCGUCCGACGUGGCCGAGGAGGAGGCCGAGCACGCGCCCAAGGUCGGCAGGCGCGUGCGCGUCACGGCGCCCCUCCGCGUCUACCACGUCGUCAAGGCGCCCGACCUGGACAUCCAGGGCAUGGAGGGCGUCAUCAAGCAGUACGUCGGCGUCUGGAAGGGCAAGCGCAUCACCGCCAACUUCCCCUUCAAGGUCGAGUUCCAGCUCACCGUCGACACGCAGCCCAAGCCGGUCAAGCUCUUUGUCCACCUACGCGAGGACGAGUUCGAGUACAUCGGCGACGAAUGAGACCACUGUACCUACCUCUCUGUAACAACUGUACAUGGCCAAGUAAGCCGACCGCCUUCCUCAUAUACAAUAAUAAUGGCCGCAGCGUAGGCGUGUGUAUAUUGUUCCGGUGGAUGUGUGUGUGAGUGGUGAGAGGGAUGAAGGCUGAAGAGGGUUGGAAUUAGGAACGCAUGACCAGGAAGUUGAUUGCUUGCUUGCUGUCGUUCCCUUGUUCCUCCUCUAAUUCAACAUCUAUUUUUUCUCAGAUGUGCGGAAUUGUUUGGAUCAUAAUCGAUAGUUCUAAAAUAACACCGAUAAUUUUGCUC